AUGCGUUUCGCGAUUUUCACCAUUCUUCUGGCUACUGCCGUCGUCAACGCCAACCCCGUCCCCGAAAACCUCGGUGACAUUGCCACCAGCGCAGAAGAUGCACUGGCGAAGGCUGCAGCAACCGCACCUGAGCUUGUGAGCCGCAAAGAUUGGCUUUGCGACCCCGUGCUUCAGAGCUGUGGCACUGGAGACCCCGCCGAGGCUCAUUACUGCCGACCCAACUCGUGCACUGGAUGGCAUGGAUGCAUUCCCUACACCACUUCGACUGGCCAGAGAUACGCAUGGUGCUCCUAA